AUGGCAAUGCCACUAGAUGGCAGAUUCAUUGGCAUCAAAGCCAACAUCCUCACCAAGACGAGCGUCGUGCCAUCCACAGCCUCCUCCAAAACGCUCGCCGACUACCAUCCUCCCUUCCACGCGACAGUCGUCAAGCACCUCAUCGCCAAUGGCGCCAACGUCCUACCCAAUGCCAACAUGGAUGAGUUCGGUAUGGGCUCGCAUUCGCAGUACUCCCACUUCGGGCCUGUCCAAAGCCCGUUCAAGCGAGAUGGUGUCCCGCUUUCACCGGGUGGCAGCAGCGGCGGCAGUGCAGCGUGGGUAGCAUCGAAGCUGUGCUGGGUAGCACUGGGCACAGAUACAGGAGGGAGUGUGAGGUUGCCUGCGGCAUAUAUGGGACAAGUCGGCUUCAAGCCGAGUUAUGGGAGACUGUCGAGGUGGGGUGUGAUCCAGUAUGCAAAUUCACUGGACACCGUUGGGAUACUAGCCGGGAAGUCUGCAGAUGCGAGAGCAUUGUACAGAUGCUUGGACCACUUCGACGAGCAGGACCCAACUUCUCUUCCACUGUCUUUGCGCGACAGGAUCAAGACCAACACCAGCAGAAGAGACCCAUCAAGACUCCGCAUCGGCAUUCCCCUCGAAUACAACAUCCACGAACUCUCCCCAGCAGUCCAGUCCACCUACACUUCCACCCUCCACGCUCUCCAAUCCGCCGGCCACACCCUCCACCCCGUCAGUCUCCCCUCAACCCGCCGCGCCCUCUCAGCCUAUUACAUCCUCGCCCCAGCCGAAGCCUCCUCCAACCUCGCCAAAUACGACGGCGUCCGCUACGGCCACCGCACAUCGCCUUCUGAUGCCUCACCAAACUCCACACCCCCUCUGCCACUCUACGCCCAAACCCGAUCCGAAGGCUUCGGCGAGGAAGUCAAGCGUCGGAUCUUACUAGGAGCUUAUACUCUCAACUCUGAAGCAAUCGAUAAUUACUUCAUCCAAGCACAGAAGAUCCGGCGUCUAGUCCAGAAGGACUUUGAUCGUGUGUUUGCUUUAUCGAACCCGCUGCUAGACACCGAUGAAGUUUCAGCAGAAGGGGCAGAAGUAGACGUUCUCCUGACACCGACGGCGCCGACCUUACCCCCGACUGUAGAGGAACUGAAGCGCCAGAGCGCGGUGGAGAGUUAUACGAACGAUGUGUUCACAGUGCCGGCGAGUCUGGCUGGAUUGCCUGCAAUCUCUGUGUCCGUUCCGUUGUCAGCGGAGCUAUUGGCAGGGAUGGAGGAGACGGAUGUGAGGAGUGCGGGUAUGCAGAUUAUUGGGCAGUUCGGGGAUGAUGAGAUGGUGUUGGAAGCUGCGGAGGUGGUGGAGAAGUUGAGGUCUUAG